AAAACUUGUGCUGUCAAGAGACUUGUAAUUCUGUAAACAGCACCUAAGUCUGGUGUGUUUCUAGUUUUCUCCCAGAAAGGGGAUAAACCCUCUAUAGAAAAACAAAAAAAACAUCUUAGAAGUUAGGCUGUAGCUGCAUUAGACAACAUAUUGAGAGACUGGGAAGAAAACCAUAUUUCACCCUUGGAUAUUAGUUAAUGAUGGUUUGGUCCCACCAACAAGUCAGCAAGUUCUGGACAAAGAGGUCAUUUUGGAACUGGAGGUGACAUCCAGAACAUGAAUCAACAUGGGUUUGAGGCUUUUAGCUUGCCUAUUCAACGUCCCCGUUGGAGUAGUUUAUGGAUCCUUGUCUCUCUUUAUUUCAAUUUUGCAUAACGUGUUUCUCCUCUACUAUGUGGACACCUUUGUUUCUAUAUAUAAAAUUGAUAAACUUUCCUUUUGGAUUGGGGAGACUAUUUUUCUGAUCUGGAACAGCCUCAACGAUCCUCUGUUUGGCUGGUUGAGUGACAGAGCUUUUCUUAGCACCCAGCAGUCUGGAAUAGCAAUCUCCACUCCAGAAGUUGUUUCAAAGAGACUCAAAGCUCUAAGCCGCAAUGGUCCAUUAUUUGCUGCAUCAUUUCUGGCUUUUUGGAUUGCCUGGGCCAACCCAGGCUUACAAUUCCUCAUCUGUCUCUGCCUAUAUGACAGCUUCCUUACUGUGGUGGAUCUAAACCAGAAUGCUUUGCUUGCUGAUCUUGCUGUGUCUGCAAAGGAUAGGACUGACCUCAACUUCUACUCUUCACUCUUUAGUGCCAUUGGUUCCCUCUCAGUUUUUAUGUCCUAUGCUGUGUGGAACAAAGAGGACUUUUUCUCCUUCAGGGUAUUCUGUGUGGCUCUGGCUUUCUGCUCAGCACUUGGAUUUACCUUGGCCACAUGGCUACUGAGGCAAAGGCUUCAGACAGAUGGACACGUGAAAUGGGAUGAAAAUGAAACAUUAAAAGAAUUAUACAUUGAUAAUCCUUCUAGAAAUCAAGAUAAAAGAAUCACACUUGCUGAGUACCUCAAACAGCUCUCCAGGCACCACAAUUUUCUGUGGUUUGUCUCCAUGAAUUUAAUGCAGGUUUUUCAUUGCCACUUUAACAGCAACUUCUUCCCUCUGUUCCUGGAGCAUUUGCUGUCUGAUCGCAUCUCUCUUUCAAUGGGAACAUUUCUUCUAGGUGUUUCUUACGUGGCUCCUCACCUCAAUAACCUCUACUUCCUCUCUCUCUGCCGGAGGUGGGGCGUAUAUGCUGUGGUGCGAGGGCUUUUCUUCCUGAAACUGUUGCUCAGUGUGAUUAUGUUUCUUGCUGGACCAGAUUGGAUCUACCUGCUCUGUUUCUUCAUAGCCAGUAACCGUGUGUUUACUGAAGGGACUUGCAAAUUGCUGAACCUGGUAGUGUCUGACUUGGUGGAUGAAGACUUGGUGCUAAAUCGGAGGCAGCAGGCUGCCUCAGCCCUCUUGUUUGGCAUGGUGGCCUUGGUAACUAAACCAGGCCAAACCUUUGCCCCCUUGAUUGGCACCUGGCUGCUUUCUGCUUACACUGGUUAUGACAUUUUUCAGCGGGAUCCCUUGAGCAGUAUAGUGAGUGCCCAGCCAAGGUUGGCUUCCAGUGUAGCUUGGAAACCUACACUACGCCAGGGCUGCUUCUACCUCCUCGUUUUUGUUCCCAUGACCUGUGCUUUACUGCAGCUCCUCACCUGGUCACAAUUCAGCUUGCACGGCAGACGCCUUCAGACAGUGAAAUCUCAACGUCAAGCUUUUACAGAGAGUCACUCUCAAGAAAUCAAGACCAUUUAAUUGCGAGUGAAGAUAACAGUGAGCAGCAUCUUCUCACUGUCAAUGACUGCAUGACCCAUCUAAAAAGGAAAAAGUGGGAGCAAAGGGGAAUUCGUUACAUCUUUUUCAGAUCAGCCUUGGCUAAUGGAAAAUAAAUGGAAGCUUUUGAAUUAUCUUGAAAUUUCUUGUGAGGCCGUCCAGGGUUCUGGUCAGUCUUGUAGAAUUCACAGAGGUUUCAAAGUUUGUAUCUUUGUAUCCAAGGUUGUCCAGAAAAAGUGAUAUUUUGUCAAUUAACUUGCUGAUCAUAUUGAUUCUAAUUCAUUUCCAGGCUUGGGAGCUAAACAGUCAGAUUAUAAAUAGUCAUAUUAAUGAAGAAGAGAUAAGAGUUGAGUAAAUUGGCAACCUUCUGUUCUUUCUCCCCCAUAUACUGUUUAUAGACAGCUUUGUCACAGGUGACAAUAAGGGUUAUAGUAUUCUAUUAUCUCUAUUCUUUUUUGCAUUGGAUUGGUGGUCAAACUUGGUUUAACCAAAUACAGCUAAAAUAAAUGUAACUUAAUGAUUUCUCACAGUGGGCAGUAGAGCACUUAAGAUUCUGUGGUUUUGAAACUGGUCAUGUACUGUCAACGUUCAUCCUUUUCAAGAGAAUGAAUGUACUGUAUUCCCACUCAUAAUUCAAGAUAGAAAUUUGUUUUUAAAAGGAAAGUACUGAAGACAGAUGCAGCUGUCAGAAUCUGAAAACAUGCAUUUUCAAUCACUAGUCCUAAUGCUUAUGCUGAAAACCCACUUUCUCCUGUUCUGGCAAAAGGGGAGCAGGGGCUAGAGUGGUCUGUGCAUUUCUACUGAAUCAGUGCAAGUAUUGGUUUGUUCAACAAUUCUGCUUUUCUGAAUUUUUCUGCCCUGUGCUAAAAAAGCUGCCGCUUGCUGAGCAGAACUGGCUUAUGAAAUCACUUUUAUGCAGAAAUACUGAUCACAGGAAAUUGCCUAGCAAUACCCUUGAUUUCCCCAAAUGUUUUGGGCUACGUUUCCUGUAAGGACCAAGUUGUAUCCUCCUUUGUGUGUGCCAAGUCUCACUUUCUUUGUUUAGACAGUAGCCUAGUUGCUGCAACUGCCAUUUUGCCUUCAAAGAACAGGGAUCAGGAUGAUGAAAUGUUUACAGCUUUUGUAUUGUUGGAUGGCUUCAGUAAUUUAUUGCUCUCAAUUUAUAUACUGAUUACAUUGAU